GGGCUUCUACGACCGGAGCCCAAUAUUGGCAAACUUACAAACGGGAAGGUCUCUGUUACUCAACCUUGUAUCGUUAACUUGCGAGAAAAAAAAUGAAACCCGAUCUGCCUGUAAAAGCAGAAGCGGGAACCCUUGACAGCACCACCAUGGAUGAUAUCUCCGAGACUAAGGUAUUCGUCUUAGCUGACCUCAACGUUAAUCCCCCCGAAACAGACUCUGAACCCUCCGCUCGCAAUCUCUCCAGGUUAAUGAAUGAGGAAUGCAAUCCAAGCAGUCAUAAAGAGACUGAUUUAGUAGAAGGAGAAAGUAAAAAGCUGAACAAACUGGGUAAAUGCCGCUCUAGAAUUAGUAGAUUAGAUUCCUCGCUUGAUUAUGGAGUUGAUGGGGAUGGGGAUCAACCUGGUCAAGGGACUACCUCUUCUCGUGAAGAAAAAGUUAACAGCCUUAAAACGGGCUUAGUACAUGUAGCAAAGAAGAUGCCAAAAAAUUCCCAUGCUCAUUUUCUGCUUGGUCUGAUGUAUCAAAGGUUAGGUCAGCCUCAAAAGGCUGUUUUGGCAUAUGAGAAGGCUGAAGAGAUUCUUCUCCGCUGUGAGGCAGAAAAUCCUAGGCCUGAGUUGCUUUCAUUGGUUCAAAUUCAUCAUGCACAGUGCAUUCUACUUGAAAGUAGUUUGGGAGAAGAUAGUUUGGAUAAAGAAAUUGGACCUGAAGAGCUUCAGGAAAUUCUUUCCAAACUGAAGGAUUCAAUGCAAUCAGAUAUAAGGCAGACAGUUUUAUGGAAUACCUUGGGGUUGCUACUACUUAAAACUGGCCGUUUGCAGAGUUCUAUAUCCGUUUUGUCAUCUGUGUUGGCUCUGGACCCCAAUAACCAUGACUGCCUUGGUAACCUUGGGAUCGCUUACCUUCAAAGUGGAAAUUUGGAGCUAUCAGAAAAAUGUUUUCAAGAUCUGAUACUAAAAGAUCAAAAUCACCCUGCUGCCUUAGUCAACUAUGCUGCCAUUCUUUUGUGUAAAUAUGGUUUAGUUAUUGCAGGAGCUGGUGCAAAUGCUGGUGAAAGUGCUUGUUCGGAUCAGGUUGCCGCUGGCAAUGUUGCAAAGGAGUGUUUGCUAGCAGCAUUAAAAGUGGAUCCCAAAGCAGCACAUAUAUGGGCAAAUCUAGCUAAUGCAUAUUAUAUAACUGGUGACCACAGAAGUUCUGGCAAAUGCUUGGAGAAGGCAGCAAAACUAGACCCCAAUUGUAUGUCUACUCGUUAUGCAGUUGCAGUCCACCGUAUCAAGGAAGCUGAAAGAUCUCAAGAACCUAGUGAGCAGCUUUCCUGGGCUGGGAAUGAAAUGGCUUCCAUAUUAAGAGAGGCAGAUGUUGUUCAGAUUGACCCUCCCAUUGCAUGGGCUGGACUUGCAACAGUUCAUAAAGCUCAUCAUGAGAUUGUGGCUGCUUUUGAAACAGAACAAAAUGAGUUGAUGGAGAUGGAAGGUCGUGCUAUUUACAGUUUAAAGCAGGCAGUUGCAGAGGAUCCAGAUGAUGCUGUACGGUGGCACCAGCUUGGCCUUCAUAGUCUAUGCUCCCGACAAUUCAAAACUGCCCAACAGUAUAUCAAGGCUGCAGUUGCCCGUUUUAAAGAAUGCAGUUAUGCAUGGUCAAAUCUUGGCAUCUCACUUCAGUUAUCGGAUGAAACGUCAUCACAAGCUGAAGAUGUAUACAAGCGGGCUUUGGCAUUGGCAACACCUGAUCGGGCACAUGCGAUUUUUUCCAACCUUGGAAAUCUCUACCGGCAGCAAAAACAAUAUGAAUCUGCCAAGGCAAUGUUUACAAAAGCACUUGAACUUCAGCCUGGAUAUGCUCCGGCAUUCAACAAUCUUGGUCUGGUAUUUGUUGCUGAGGGUCGAUGCGGGGAAGCCCAGUUCUGCUUCAACAAGGCCCUUGAGGCAGACCCACUGCUGGAUGCAGCUAAAUCCAAUAACAUAAAGGCAUUGGCCAUGGCUAGAUUGUGUGGAGCACUAUCCUAGUGUUUUCUUGAAGAAUUAACAUAAUGGCAAGUGAAGGUAAGUAUCUUUUCUUCAUCCUAAAUUUAGGUUUGUAAAGCUAUGUAUUUUCUUUUACAAACAGAUCUUCGGAAGCACAUGCUUUCACUUGUAUGUUCAUUUUUUAUGUUGGGAUAGAAGUGUUAUACUUUCUUCAAGUAAAAAGAGUUGAGGUCCAUAUACAACCAGGGAUUUCUUCCCA